UAAUACUCCAUAAAAGGUGAUGACAACUUAUAGGAAAGCCUUUUGUUUUAACUAACCGGUAAGGUGAAUGGGAUAACACUCUCGGACUCCCGAGCCUGAAGUACUAAUCACUGUAUGACUCCUGCAUACUCCUACCAUGGAUAGUGGAGCUCUGAACAUUCAUCAAUGUCGGAAUGCCACCAUGUCCUCAUUCCUUGAAAUCCCGGUCUAUCCUCUUUCUUCAUUCCCAAGAACUCUAAAUUGCGAUACUCUUUUAGCAAGACGCUGUUUACCAUCCAAAUUACUUUGUGCUGCCAAUACUCGAACCCCUCGCUCAAUUUCUCGUUCGGCAAGAGAUGCUGCCAUUAAAAAGCUCCAGCAAUCUUCUGAAUUAAAUUACGCACUUUCAAGGUAUGAAGGCAUCUUGAUGGUACCUGAUUUAAACAUCAUAUUACGCAAUCUUGGAAGGUCAAGGAGGUGGAAGGAUCUUUCUCAGCUAUUUGAGUGGAUGCAAAAGCAUGGAAAGAUCAAUGUUGCAUCAUAUAGCAGUUACAUAAAAUUUAUGGGGGAGAGCAAGGACAUUUCAAAGGCUCUAAUUGUUUACAAGACUAUUAGCGAUGAAGACAUGAAAAAUCAUAUCUCAAUAUGCAAUUCUGUUCUCAGCUGUUUGGUUAAGAAUAACAUCUCUGACCGAGCAAUGAGUAUGUUUGAGGAGAUGAAGCACAAUGGAUUGCGGCCAGAUGUAGUGACUUACAGUACGUUGCUGGCAGGUUGCUUGAAAGUAAAACGUGGAUACAUGAAGGCACAAGAGCUGAUUAAAGAGAUGGAACAUAAUGAGAUUUUGAUGGAUGCUGUUACUUAUGGGACUGUUAUAGCUGUAUGUGCUUCAAACGGUCGAUGUGAGGAGGCACAUAUGUACUUUAUCCGCUUGCAGGCUGAGGGUCAUUCUCCAAACAUGUACCAUUACAGCUCAUUACUAAACGGGUAUGCUGUGGAUGGUGACUAUAUGAAGGCUGACAAACUUGUCCAAGAUAUGCAAUCUGCAGGACUUUUGCCAAAUAAGGUCAUUUGGACAACUUUGUUAAAGGUCUAUGUCCGAGGAGGCUUGUUUGAAAAAUCAAGAUCAAUGCUAUCUAAGUUGGAAAAUUUGGGCUUUGCAGACGAAGAGAUGCCUUAUUGUAUAUUGAUGGAUGGUCUUUCAAAAUCUGGGAAGGUUGAUGAGGCUAAAUCAAUUUUUGAUCGGAUGAAUGAGAGACAAGUCAAAUCGGAUGGCUAUUCGUACAGUAUUAUGAUUGCAGCAUUCUGCAGAGCUGGGCAUUUGGAAGAAGCAAAGAAACUGGCUAGGGACUAUGAAGCUUUCUACAAUAAAUAUGACUUGGUCAUUUUAAAUGUAUUGCUGUGUGCUUACUGCAGAGCAAGUGAUAUGGAAUGUGUGAUGCAGACGUUGGGAAAAAUGGAUAAACUGGCUAUAACUCCUGAUAAAUAUACCUUCAACAUUCUAAUAAAGUAUUUUUGCAAAGAGAAGCUGUAUCUCCUUGCAUAUCGUACACUGGAAGAUAUGAGAAAUAAGGGUCAUCAAUUAGAGGAGGAAGUAUUAUCCUCUUUACUUCUACAGCUUGGUGGAGUUGGUGCGCACUCUGAAGCAUUUUCUGUCUACAAUAUCUUAAUUUCUAGUGAAAAAGCAAUAAGCAAUACCCUUCAUGAGAACAUCUUGCACAUACUAAUGGCAGGGAUGGAUUUGGACAAUGCAUUUGCAGUAGUCAAGGAUCAUGCGAAAUUUAUAUCAUCAAAAGCCCUGAAAAAGUUUUUAGGAGUAUUCUUAAGAUCGGGUAAUAUAAACUUAAUAUACGAUGUGGUGGAAGUUAUUCACGGUUCUGGUCAUAAGAUUGAUCAGGAUUUAUUUCAGCUUGUCAUAUCGCGUUAUAUUACAGAACUAGAAAAGGAACCAGAAAACACAGAAACAUUUUUUCGGUUUCUGUGGUGGAUGCAAAGUCAUGGCUAUAUGAUCGAGCAAUCAACAAGAAACCUCAUCCUUAAGAACUUAAACUUAAGGAAGCACCCAUUUGUAGCUGAGAUGUUGGCAAAACCAUAUGCUAUUAAACGCGCAUCAUGACCUUGUUGAAAUCGUCUAGUUCUAUUACACCUUGGUCCCAUUCUGUGAGCGUGCUAGGGCAUUCGUUGUCGCGUACUUGUAAAUAAUCUCUAUCCCCAGGCAAUUAGCCUAAGGAGCGGUAAACUAAAGUCUGCUUAAAUGUACCAUAUUACGUGAUUUAAUGUAUAGUCGUAGGAACAUUUGUUGUCUUAUGAUAUGCUCGGCUGGUUGAUGCUAAUACCGUUAGUCAUGUUUUUUGUUUUAGCCGAGGAGCUUGCAACACUGAUUUUCUUGCUUUCAACUACGAUGUUGGAGAAUCAAUCAACCCAUCUGAAUCUCAAUCGAAGAUCAACCUAUUCAAUAUUUGAAUUUGGUUCUUAAGGCUUUGGCAAAUUGAAAUUCAUAUAAUGAAUAUUUCAAGAUUGUAGUUAUUUAUUUAGUUAAUUAUAGUAUUAAGCAUUGACAUUAAUUCUUAGUUUAGUUGAUUAAGUUUUAUACUAA